CGGUACUGUUCAAGUAGCUAAAAAGUACAGACCGACGCACGACGUGAUGACGCAAAUCUCAUGCGACGCGGCCGUCAUGCUUGUACAGAGAUGACUAAUCGCGUUUUCGGUCCAUCUAAAGCCCGGUGUGGUGAAAUGUGUCUUCUGGACCCUGUUUCUUUCUCGGGAAUAACUAGAGGUGUUUGAGAUCGAGCACAUAGUUAUUUCAUGUUUACACAUCCACAUGUUGAGUCGCAUUAUAGCGUCCAAACUGUAUUCUCGAUAUGUUUGGAGAUUAUUAGCAUACGAUCGGGUUUUAUUGAGACAUUUGUGCAGCAGGAUGGAGCGCGCAGUUGUGCGCUGUGUGCCCUCGGAGCCCAAGCUGACCAUUUCGUUCACCGUGGCCGGUAGUUACAGGCACAUGCUGAGGGAGCAGACGGAGGAGCUGGGGAAAGUGUUAGCCAGGAUAUCUAACGGUGUCGUCAAGGCGCAGAACAAGGGGAAGAAGUCGAAGAAGAAUAAAAACGAGAGCCCGGCUACGGACGUGGCUGAGCCCCUGGUGCAGCUUUACUUCGACGGCGACCUGGUAGCUGAAGACGCGCCAAACCGUGACGCGUGGAAGGACGGCGCCGUCCUGCAGGUCGGAGACGCCAGAUACAAAGUGGAACGAAAUCCUCCGACCUUCACCACUGCACAGCUGCCUGGGUCGGUUCUCGCAGGGUUCCCCGUGUGCCCAAAGCUGGAGAUUGAAUUCGGGGAUUUGAGGUUUUGUACGUUCAAGUGGUACAAGGAAAGCUCUCCGGAUGCGCACACACGUGGAGAAGAGGACUCCUGGGUGGAAUCGGGAAGCGACCGAGUCUUCACUCCGUCCAACAUGGAUGUGGGGUUGAAACUGAAGCUGAAAUGCAUGCCGGGAAACGAGUCAAGAUUAGGCCAUGCGGUAGAGCUGGUAACCUCAAGCGCAGUGGAGGCCGGUCCAGGAGUUUGCACUUCUGACAACAGACACCUGUACACCUGCAAGGUCACCGAUGAGUCCACGACCAGGGUUGUAACCUACAACAUCUUAGCAGAUAUCUACAGUCAAACCGAGUUUUCCAGGACAGUCCUGUACCCAUACUGCGCUCCAUAUGCACUAGAACUCGACUACAGGCAAAACCUCAUCAAGAAGGAGCUUUCAGGCUACAAUGCAGACAUCAUCUGUCUCCAGGAGGUGGACAAAGGAGUUUUCAGUGACAGCCUCGUGCCUGCACUUGAUGCCUUCGGGAUGGACGGGGUGUUCAAGGUGAAAGAAAGGCAGCAUGAAGGACUGGCUACGUUUUACAGAAGAUCAAAAUAUAGGCUGCUUUCCAGACAAGACAUCAUGCUGAGUGAGGCCUUGAAAACAGACACGCUCCAUAACGUGCUCCUGGAGAAACUGUCCACCAACCUGGUUCUGAAAGAGAAGGUGCUACAGAGAAGUACAACACUGCAGUUAACUGUAUUCCAGUCCACAAGUGAUCCAUCAAAGAUAUUGUGUGUUGGAAACACGCAUCUCUACUGGCACCCUAAAGGAGCGAAUGUCAGAUUAAUUCAGAUGGCUGUGGCCCUGAAUCACCUGAAGAAAGUCAUCAAGAAACACGCGAGCGCGCUGUUGUUCUGCGGCGAUUUCAACAGUACGCCAUCGUCAGGACUCUACCAGCUGCUCAGUCAGGGUUCGAUAUCGGUGCAGCACAGUGAUUGGGCAUCUAACGGACCUGAGGAGCUUCUUCAAAUGGAACUUCACAGCCCAUUUCAGUUGACUAGUGCGUGUGGAGAACCGGACUACACCAACUAUGUUGGAGGCUUUAGUGGUUGUCUGGAUUACAUUUUCACAGAGCCGCAAGCUUUCCAGGUAGAACAGGUAAUUCCUCUACCCAGUCACCAGGAGGUCACUACGUACAAGGCCCUACCUAGUGUGUCUCACCCGUCUGACCAUAUCGCUUUAAUCUGUGACCUCAAAUGGAAAUAAGGCUGAGAUGCAGCCUCGGUUUUCGUUUGUCAAGUACGUAUAAAUUGGGUUUUAAACUCUGCCAGCUGAGGUUAAAGCACAUGUGAUUUACUGUUGCAACAAGAGGACUUGUCUUUAUCAGUCUGUUUGUCUGAUGGGGUUAUAGUGGAGAGAUUUAACAAUUUAAAAUGUAUAUAUAAAAAAAAAAAAAUAGAAAUGGGCUGCGAGGUCUUUUUUUGAUCCUAGGAUAAUUCUGACUGUAUUAUGAAAAUAAUAAAUGCCAUGGUGAUAAAAUGUAAUAAUUAAAAGUAUGAUUUAACUUCA